ACGUCUUUGGUUUAUCCCGACUGUAUUUCAAGUGGUCUGUCCGACGCUGCGAUAAGUAACUAUUCUUUAUUCUCUUCGGUCAUCUCAACUUGUUGUAGAGUCAACCACUGCAGGGACUUGUAUGAAUACCGGUAAGCAGCAGAAGCCAGUGCUAACAGGCCAGCGGUUCAAGACCAGGAAAAGGGAUGAAAAGGAGAAGUUUGAGCCCACAGUUUUUAGAGACACAAUUAUUCUGGGCCUCAACGAAGCAGGAGGGGACCUCGAUGCUGUAGCCAAGUUCCUGGACGUUACCGGGUCCCGACUCGACUACCGUCGCUAUGCGGACACUCUCUUCGACAUCCUCAUCGCGGGGAGCAUGCUCGCUCCCGGUGGGACGCGCAUUGACGAGGGGGACAAGACCAAGGUGACAGAACACUGUGUGUUUACCACCAAGGAGAACCAUGCCAACCUCCGCCACUAUGCUCAGGUUUUUAACAAGCUUAUCAGGAGGUACAAGUACCUGCAGAAUGCCUUCGAGGAGGAAAUCAAAAAGCUUCUGCUGUUCCUGAAGGCAUUCAGCGAAUCAGAGCAGACCAAGCUGGCUAUGUUGACUGGUAUCCUAUUGGCUAACGGCACUCUGCCCCCACCCAUCCUCACCAGCCUCUUCAGUGACAAUGUUGUCAAGGAAGGUAUCUCUGCAUCCUUUGCGGUGAAGAUGUUCAAGGCAUGGAUAUCUGAGAAAGAUGCCAAUGUAGUCACCUCAGCCCUGAGGAAGGCUAACCUGGAUAAGAAACUCCUGGAGUUGUUUCCUGCCAACAAGCAGAACAUGGAGCACUUCUCAAAGUACUUCAAUGAGGCGGGGCUGAAGGAGCUGUCAGACUUCAUGCGCGUGCAGCAGUCUCAGGGAACACGCAAGGAGCUGCAGAAAGAACUGCAGGAGCGCCUCUCUCAGGACUGCCCCAUACGAGAGGUGGAAUACCAGAUACCAUGUCCUGCCUUUAUGGUGUACGUGAAGGAGGAGAUGAAGAGGAGUGCUCUCCAGGAGCAGGCUGUGAUUGGUCUGCUGUGGAACAUUCUCAUGAAUGCUGUGGAGUGGAACAAGAAGGAGGAGUUGGUCACCGAGCAAGCCCUCAAACACCUUAAACACUAUGCCCCCCUGCUCGCAGCGUUCAGCACCCAGGGCCAGUCAGAGCUGGUGCUGCUACUGAGGAUCCAGGAGUACUGCUAUGACAAUAUCCACUUCAUGAAGUCCUUCUCCAAGAUAGUGGUGCUCUUCUACAAAGCUGAUGUGUUGAGUGAGGAGGCCAUUCUGAGGUGGUACAAAGACACUCACACCACCAAAGGGAAAGGUGUCUUUGUCGAGCAGAUGAAGAAGUUUGUUGAGUGGCUGCAAAAUGCAGAAGAAGAGUCCGAGUCUGAGGGAGAGGAGGACUAGCAGACCAACCCAACAAGGAGUCUAACUCUGAAGUCUGCUGCAUCCUGUGGCCUGUAUAUGUCAAUCAGCCUGUAGUCCCCAUCUCGUAUUUGUAGAAGAUUUGCUAGAUAUUAAUGUGGUUCCUGAUACAUUCGAGAUAAAUACUUAUCCAGGCAUUGUAAGAAGUAUGAGAUAAUGUGUGCAGUGUGACUGCAAUAAAAAACGACCUGGAACACGCCCAUCCAUAUUGCCUAACCGACCAGGGGUCCUAGACUCCUCAAUCACAGCGCAACCCUCAGUGAAAAACCACGGGACCUCCCGACUCACCGUCAGGAGGAUAGGAGACUAGAUGUCAUCUAUCAAGACCACCCAUCUGUGAUAUUUAAGCUUUUUUCUUUUUUUAAGGAUUGGAUUAAUUAGAGGUCAGUCAGUGAACUCCCUUUACCAACGUUGUUCAGGUUUCGAGAGGAAGUCAAGACCUCAAUUUGCAGUAGAUUGUCAUCCUCGUUUUAUGAAAACUCAACUUUGUGUAACUUGGCAAUGCUUUAAUCUUUUUAUGAAUAAAGUGUUUUUAUAUGUA